AUGCAAGGGCCAAAGGAAGCAAAGACAAAUGAGAUCAAUCACUACCUCCGUCCCCUUGUUGUGGAACUCAAUCAGUUAUAUGGCAGUGUGGUUAUGUUUACUGCACAGUGCCCAUCUGAUGCUCUUGUCUGUGCUGCUCUUCUUCUUGUUGCCUGCAACAUUCCUGCUGCCUACUCCAAUGCUGUGGACUACUCUGGGUUUGUGUUUUCUGAGUGGGUGCAUCGCACUGAUGCCAAAAACUGUUGUGGUGCUGAGUUGUGGAGAAUGUUUAGCAGUAAUGCACAGAGAAAUAGAUUGGAGAGGGAAAAUGGUGUCCGAUGGUCAGAAUUGCAUGACCUGGUUUACUUUAAUCUCAUGGAGUGUACUGUCAUCGAUCCGAUACAUAACCUGUAUCUCAGAACAGCAAAGAUGCUAAUAAAGAAAUGGAGAUCUUCAGGUCUCAUCACAGAUGCACACUUGGCCGAAAUGCAGUUGGAUGCUAACAAGCUUGUACUACCAGAGGACUAUAUGCCAUUAGGAACAAAGAUUGGGUGGGACUUCCCAUUCAUGAAGGCCAACGACAUAUCCAUGGCUUACCUUGAUGAAGCUCAUCAAUCUUUGGAGGCUUUCUGCAGAGAGUGUGAGAAGUUGUAUAAAGUCCCAUUCCUUUUGCCAAACAUAUAUCCCCAUCUUCAUCUGCAAGAGACUGUACUGAACUUUGACCCAGUUUAUGGCUAUUGGCUUUUUAGUUUUGAAAGAUGCAAUGCCACUUCUACUUCCACUGUCACCUCAAUUCAAUUCGAUAUCAAUGCUUUUCUUGAUUCUUCUGAGAUCAACUUUGAUAUUGUCAAGGGAAACGAGCCUUUGCCAUCUUCCACACUUCCUUUAGCUCUAAAGAGGGAGAUUUCUAUGGAUCAAUCCAAUUAUGAGUAUUUGUUGGAAUACUAUUGCAAGACAUAUAAUAAUCAAACUCUUGUUUAUUAUUGUCAGGCUGAUCAUUCCAAUAAUUUUGUUAACAAUUGGAUACAGAUAUUUGAAUCAAUCGAUCUUCUCAGACAAAUCUAUAAGAGCAAAACAAAGAAUCAGCGCAGGUCGUUAAUGCAAGCCUUGUUUGAGACAAGUGAUGGUAGAAGUAUCAAGCCAUACGCAGGCCAAAUUCAGUAUCUCUUUGUCAAUACUGCUGUAAAAUCGUUUGCUAGUCAUGCGAGCCAGCAUGAAGCUUUAUUUCCGCCCAGAGCAGGAGAAGGAGUUGAGGUGAAUGAGGUGGGGUUCGAAGAUGACAGCAUGACCAGCAUUCUCCCAGUGCAUAUAAUCUGCUAUCCAGUCACAGUAGGCAAGCACCUUGGUCUAGAAGGCAAAGUUCCGAUAUGUGUAAUUUCUUUGCCACAAAAAAUAUAUGUUUAG